AUGAUAGGCGAACAGAAAGACUUCGAAGUCUACAGCUGCCACGUUUCCCCUGAUGGAUCGCGCCUGGCCACGGCCGCCGGAGACGGCUACGUACGAGUAUGGUCUACCGAGGCCAUCCUAAAUUCGAAUGAUCCCUCGUAUACAAAACCAAAGCAGCUCGCAGCUGUCAGCCAUCAUUCGGGCACCAUUCACGCGGUUCGCUUUUCUUCCAACGGCAAAUAUCUGGCCUCUGGCGCCGACGAUAAGAUAGUAUGCGUCUAUGCGCUCGACAAGAAUGCGCCGACCCAUGCAGCAUUCGGAUCGAAUGAACCUCCCCCCGUCGAGAAUUGGCGCGUCAUCCGCCGUCUUAUCGGACACGACAACGAUGUACAGGAUCUCGGCUGGUCGUUUGAUUCGUCAAUACUGGUAUCAGUGGGGUUGGACUCGAAAGUGGUUGUGUGGUCAGGGCAUUCUUUCGAGAAACUGAAGACGCUGUCAAACCACCAGAGUCACGUCAAGGGCAUAACAUUCGACCCGGCAAACAAGUACUUUGCAACUGCUAGCGACGACCGUACUAUCAAAGUGUACCGUUUCAAUUCUCCACCGCCCAACGCCUCGCAGCAGGACCAGGUCAACAACUUCGUCUUGGAUCACACCAUUACCGCACCCUUCCAAACUUCCCCGCUUACCACAUACUUCCGCCGUUGCUCCUGGUCGCCCGAUGGCGCACAUAUCGCUGCUGCGAAUGCUACAAAUGGGCCUGUCAGCUCUGUUGCUAUACUUGCGCGUGGAUCGUGGGAUGGAGACAUCAGUCUGGUCGGCCACGAAGGCCCUGUUGAAGUAACCUCGUUCUCUCCACGAUUGUUUUAUCGGGACCCACCACGCCCAGAGAAGGACGGAACCAUCAACCAGCCGACAGUGACCAUCGUCGCAUGCGCUGGACAAGACAAGUGCUUGAGUGUGUGGAAUACCAGCUUUCCUAGGCCCUUCAUGAUCUCGCAAGAGCUGGCAGGCAAGUCCAUUUCCGACUUGUCAUGGGCACCAAACGGAGAAACGUUAUUUGCAACCAGCUUGGAUGGCAGCAUAUUGACGCUCGUCUUUGCGCCAGGAGAACUAGGCUAUCCCGCGACACUUGCAGAGAACGAAAAGACACUGGCCAAGUUUGGCGCUGGCAGAAGAGUUGGCAUUAUCGAGGGCACAGACGCACUACUUCUGGAAGAGAGCAGUAAAAGUGGAGAGCUUAAAGGUGUUCAAGGCAGGAUGGGUGCACUAAUGGGCGACGGAGGUGCGGUUCAGCCGCCAACCAUCACCAACGGAACCAAUGGUACCACUGCCUCGACAAAUCUCACAAACGGAUCGAGCGCCACAGCACCACCACAGGCCCCUGCUGAGCCACCUCCAGACGUCCGAGUUGAGAAGCUGAAGCAGAGGGUGACUGUCACUAAGGAUGGCAAGAAGCGAAUAGCGCCUAUGCUCAUGUCGUCUUCAUCUGGUGUCGGUGAAUCGUCUCUACCCCAAACACAACUCCUUUCUGCGACAACAACCUCAGGCGGCAGGAGUGAUAACCCCCACAACAUUCUAGAUCUGUCAAAGCCAUACGACGGAUUCCCAAAAGGAGGGCUUGCAUCUAUGCUGAUAGGAAACAAGAGAAAAUUUGCAGAGAUCGAAGGGGACGACGACCGACAAGUGGAGCGAAGAUUGGCGGGUUCAGUGAAGCCUGGAGGUGCAGCGAUAGUGCUCAACAGUGAGAAUGGUCUUAUUCCUCCUGCUGCAGCACCAUCGAAGAACAAUGAGCUGACAGAGCCUCCUAAAGUUCUAAGGCCGGCCAUCGUCAACCCUUCUAUGGCCCUCGCUCAGGUGCGAUUGGCUGUGCCAAAAGUCAGAAGUGUUAUCGUGCGAACUAUGGACGGCAGCGAGCCACCACAAAGUGGUAUUGAUGCCAAUACGGGGAAAGCAGAAGUACCAGACACGGUCAUUUUAGAAGCGCGCAACGCCAGUGGACCAUCGCGGACAGGACGCCCACAAGACCACGAUCCAACGCGGCUGACGUGCACCAGCAAGGGACAGUCACUCUGGCAAGACUUCCUACCAAAGGCCGUACUCUUAGUUACAGGCAACACAAACUUAUUCGCAGCAGCAUGCGAAGACGGCUCAGUAUACGCCUGGACACCCGCCGGCCGCCGAACCCUUAACGCCAUGGUCCUGGAAGCUCAGCCCGUAAUCAUGGACUGCCGCGGCUGGUGGCUAAUGUGCAUAACAGCAGUCGGAAUGUGCUACAUCUGGAAUCUCAAAACAAUGUCCGCGCCGCACCCGCCCAUCUCCCUUGCCCCCAUCCUCGACGUCGCAGCCUACGCCCAAGGACCUCACCUCACGCGCUCCCCCGGCAUCGUCUUCGCGCGCCUAAACUCCGCAGGCCGCAUAACAGUAGCUAUGUCGAAUGGCGAGGGCUACGCGUACAAUCCCGACAUGUAUAUCUGGCAACGCAUUUCCGAGCCGUGGUGGGGUGUCACAAGUCAAUAUUGGAACUCGACCGAUUCAUCCGUCGGCAACAUUCGGCCUUCAAAGGACAAGAACGCCCCCAAAGAGAAGGAUGAUCAGGUAUCAAUGGAGAAUAUCUCAGCGGGCAUCAUCCCAGCUCUCGAACGUAACACAACGAACCAAUCGCUACUACAGGGUCGCGCUUUCCACCUCCAGCGUCUCAUCAAGAUCUUGGUGUCGGCAGAAGGCUACGAGACAUUUGAGAGCUCGGCUAGUGUUGCACAUCUCGAGAAUCGCGUUGCGGCUGCACGUACAUUGGGCGCGAGGGAAGAGUUCAAAAUUUAUCUUACCAUGUAUGUCAAGAGACUUGGUGCCGAGGGUCUCAAAGGAAAGAUCGAAGAGCUAUUACGCAGUCUCAUGGGCAGUCUUGUUUCUGAAGAGGAGCAAGGAGAAGGCAACGAUGAGGAAGAUGAGGCGAUGAAGGAGCCGGAAGAGAUUUGUGGAUGGAAGAGGGAGGAGUUGCUCAAGGAGGCUGUGUUGAUUCUUGGUAAACAUCGCGACCUCCAGCGUAUAACAGUCCCAUAUGCGCGUCUCCUUGGCAUCGUCACUGAGGGUCAGCGUGGGGACGAUCAGGCUAUGAUCACGGAUAUGUAG